GGAGAUGAAGCAUGGCCUUUCGAUAUCUGGCCACGGCAGCGGAGAAGAUCGGACCCAGCGUUAAGCGUCAGGUGCUUAGCUUAACCGACGCCGCCGCUGAUAGAAUACGUCACCUGCUACAGCAACGUCAACGGCCCUAUCUCAAGCUCGGUGUCAAGGCUCGCGGUUGCAAUGGCUUAUCUUACACCCUAAAUUAUGCUGAUGAGAAAGGGAAAUUUGAUGAGUUGAUUGAUGACAAGGGAGUGAAAAUACUAAUUGAUCCAAAGGCACUCAUGCAUGUCAUUGGAACCAAGAUGGAUUUUAUAGAUGAUAAACUCAGGUCUGAGUUCAUAUUUAUUAACCCAAACUCUAAAGGACAGUGUGGUUGCGGUGAAUCUUUCAUGACAACAACUGGCGGUGGAGCUAGACCUUCUCAAAAUAUUGGCGCCACAUGAAGCAUUAGGGUGUUGAAUUAGUCCACUGCCGGUUCCUAUGGCAUAGCCAUGUAAAGCUAUUGCUAUACGUUCCCUUUUGAAGUUUUAGAGUUACGGACAUUCAGUAAUGUUUGGUAAAAACUGUUAGAAGGUGUUCUGUUGGCUAUCAUAUGUUACAUUUGUGAAAGGAAGAAGAGUGAAUAAGUUGAGCAUUCGUGCUUGGCAGAGGAGAAAGGUUAUUGUUCUUAAAGAAGAAACCAGCGAAAUCUCAAGACAAAACCCCCUGUUAUACAGCCCCCCAUUGUCAGAGCACAGUCUUCUUUCCAUGACUCGGGUGCAGCCAUUCUUGCAAAUACCCAUCUGGUAACUGGUGCAGCUCUAAAUUCUUCCGUUAUCCUUCAUUUCCUUUUUAUCUGAUGGCACUUUCGCAUUUCCCCUUUUAACUUUGAUUUUUCAAUGAAAUAUUGGGCUGUAGACAAA